AAUCAAUCUACCGCUAUGAUUGUGAUUACCGAACGUUACCGAACAUUACCGACCAAUACCGAACUAUACCGAGCUGUCAGAACUGUUAGUCACAGUUGGCUAUCGAUUCGCGUCAAACAUCAAUCGUGUGGCAACAGUUCUUUUUGUCUUUCUCUUCUUCGAUACUUGGUUACAGAUUUCUACAUUGAUCUUAAUUUCGCAGAAAUUAUAAACAAUAAUAAUAACGAUGACGGAUUCAUUGAACUUGCUGGACAACCAACGAUUUGCACUGAUGAAAUUUAGAAAAGUCAUGGCUGAUUCCCUGCAACCCCAUCACAAUGAUCAAUUUCUUAUUCGUUGGUUAAAAGCACGAAACUGGAACGUUGAGGCGGCUGAAAAAAUGUUGAGAAACUCAUUAAAAUGGCGUAAGCAAUGGGAAGUUGACAAAUUAGUUGAAUAUGAUGAACCGGAAGUUAUGAAAAAGUAUGGGCCACAUGGAAUAUGUGGAUUCGACAAAGAAGGUUCACCAGUUAUUGUAGUAAUUUUUGGCGAAUUUGAUAUUUACGGAACACUUCACGUAAUUACAAAAAAACAAUUAAUAAAAACUGUGAUCAAAUACUUGGAACGUUAUGUAAAGAUAGCCGAUGAACAAUCUAAAAAGCAUGGUUUUAAAGCUGGACAACUUACAGCUAUCUUCGAUCUAGAAGGAUUCAAUUUGAAGCCAUAUUUGUGGAGGCCAGCUACUGAAACUAUCUUAACGUGCCUUCAAUUAUAUGAAGCAAAUUAUCCAGAAAUCUUAAAAGUUUGUUACCUCAUUAAUGCCCCGAAAGUGUUUUCUAUUGGAUUUUCCAUAGCUAAGAAAUUUUUGAACGAUUAUACAAUAUCGAAAUUACAUGUAUUCAGACCAGACCCUACGAAAUGGAAACCCGCGAUAUUGCAACAAAUUUCACCCGAUCAACUACCUGCAUGUUAUGGAGGCACUUUAAAAGAUCCCGAUGGUAAUCCAAGACUUAUAACAAAGAUUUGUAUAGGUGGAAAAAUACCGAAGGAAAUGUAUCUAGAUAAAGUAGAAGAAAGUGAUGAAUCUUCGGAAUAUACUACUGUCACUAUUCGCAAAGGAGAUAAGAUAAAACUUAGUUUGGAUUCGUCCGAAGAAGGAUCUAUUUUAAGUUGGGAUUUUCGCACGGAAGAUAAUGAUAUUAAAUUCGGUAUUUUGAAAGAAGAUGCAUCCGGAAAAAUGACCGAAGCCGUACCUUUUACAAAAAUAAAUGCGCACUUAUUGAAUGAGAUUGGAUUUUUAACUUGUGAAAAAUUAGCUAAAUAUUUCGUCAUCUUUGAUAAUAGUUACAGUAUAUUGAAGAGUAAGAAAAUUCAUUAUUGCAUUCGCAUGUUACCUCCUACGGAAGAAUUUUCAAUCACAGAUGCCAUAGAAUAACAUGCGAAUAGUAAUAAUAUAAUAUAUCAAGAAAAACUAUAAAAUUAUAUAUAAAUGGUAAUGGUAUCUUAUUAGUGUAUUAAUACAAAAUAUUGUUAAAAUAUUAUCAUAUUUUAUAUCUUAAAAUAUUCUUCAUAAAUUUAGAAUAUGUAAUGUGUACAGGAUCUUUCGCUUAACUCGAUCACUUCAAAUAUUUAAUUUAUUUCGUACGAUAGAAAAAAAUG